AUGCUCCCAUUAAGUCUAAAAGUAAAGCUGGGCAAUAAUGAGGCUGGUACAACCCCUGCUAAGAAGGUAAUAUUGUUAUUUUGUUUUCUUAUCCUGAGAGUGUAUGGACUUUCACUUUCCUCUCCUAAGAACUCUUCCGCUAAUUCAAAAUCUACUGAUCUUAACCCGCCCAUCUUCUUUGAGUUACCAGAGAUUUCAAAACCCGGGCAGUCUUUACAACGACGUGGAGUUAAUGUCGACAUCCACCUCUCACAGCCGAAACCUGCUAUAAAGGGAGACACCAUAGACGACUUGCUGGAGGAUGUGUUGAAAAAUAUUGCGAAACUCUCUCCGAAAAAGAAAAUUCAGCAAGAAUUAGAUAGAACUUUGUCCACAGACUGCCCCAAGUGCAACUUUGAGGAGGCUCAAACCUUUUUCAGGAGGAAGACUGUAUUACUUCCGGCCUAUCCAUGCGACGACUGGGAUCGCAAAAGCAGAACUUGCUGGUUGGACAGAAACGUGGGAGACACAGUAACCUUCGUUCUUUCCUUGGGCAACGAUAGAGAAUUCAGUCAUCUCUGGAAAAAAAUUAUAUGGAAGCAAGAAUUUUAUUCAAUAAAAUCACGAAGCAGAAAGGAAAUGAUUAUUAACCCAGAAACGCCUAUGUGGAAUAUGGCGGUUGGUAGCCAGGGGCGUGAAUUACGAAUUAGUCCAAUUACCGAAUCAGACUUGGACCUGAAUGGAUUUUCAGCCAUUGUCGUCAAUCAAGAUAAAAGGUACGGAGAAGCUCAACCCGUUUCACCGUUCACAGCAGUCCGGUUUCGUAUCAGAAAGGUACCCAUAGAUCUUGGUUUCCUAUAUUUGGGAGAAUCUUUGGUUUUAAAUGUUCGGAGUUACAUCAGCUUACCACGAGAGUCGAUGUUUUUCCAGUGGUAUUUUGAAGAUGGAGAGUACAGUAAUCUGCCCAGCAACAUGAAAUGCGGGAGCUCUUGUGCAACGUUAAUAAUCUCUGAAUUACGUAAGGAAGAAGAAGGCAUCUUGUCGUGUGCCGUUUAUACAUCAUCGGGUUUCUUCGCCACGAAACAAAGAUUUCUCAUUAAGGAUAUUAAUAAGAAUGGUGAAGUUCUCAAUUCAAAUUUCUCAGAAGUUGCUCUUCAUACAGAUCUCGAAAAACGUGCUGCGAGACAUAAAAGAAACAUUCAAGAUAAUAAUUACCAGCAGUAUGGUUCGGAACAACUGAAUAGGGGCCUCAAUGUAGCUAGUAAAUCAAUUACUGGCAAUCAAGAACUGAUGCCCGAACAAAUUAGCGAUUUACAGAAUGGUGAAAUGGCCCUUAAAUACCCUGUAAAUAAAAUUAGUGAGCAAGAAGAAGAGUUUAAUUCUGAUGGGAAAAAUUCUCAACGAUUGUAUGAAAUUCCCCAGAGUGAAAACUUUAAUAAUCAUCCAAACUAUCAGCAACGUGAACCAGACCUAUCACAAAAUCAAGACCUGCGAGCCGAUACUAAACAUACAUUUAUAAACCAUGACCAGAUGGCAGCUAUACGGGACAGAGAGUUUCAGAAUGGUGAAGUAGAUCUCCCAAAAUAUACUUCCAGCAAAUUUCGUAUCGACGAGGAACGCUUUGAUGAAAGGAUUCCUCAAAGAUUAUAUGAAUUUCCUCAAAAUGAAAACUUUAAUAGUGAAUCAAUGGAAAAUCAAGGCGUAAAAGUUAAAGAUACAUUUCGAAACCAAGAACAGCUCCCAUCUAUAUGGGGUAAUGAUUUUUCAAACGAAGAAGGGUAUUCUAGGUAUAACUUCUCCAGGUAUCCGAUGAAAAAGAUCAGUGUAAAAGAGGAAAAUAAUAUCGAUGAGAUCAAUAAUCAAAACGAACAACUGAAACUUCUUGGAGUACGAGGUCCCGUCAUAAAAUUAGAUAUCGAUCGCGAAAAGUUAGAUUUCGACGAGAGAUUGGACAGUAAACAAUUAGAUCCUGAAGAAUACGUAGCGACUAUAAUAUCAAAAUGUAAUAAAAGUACAGAAUGUUCUAAUUAUGCUACAUGCAUCAAAAGAGAACACCAAGUAAGAUUUUGCAAAUGUCAGCCCAACUUCCAUGGGAAUGGUAUAUUUUGCUGGGAAGAUGUGCAUGUCAGAAGCUAACAACUGCUUUCAAUUAAACAAUUAAAUCACUAUCUGCUUUGCAUAUAAGUUUCUGUUUAAAAAAUUUUGAAUAUAAUCUGUUGUAAGAUCAGCAUAAUCAAUCUUUAACUCUUUAUUUAUGCAAUAUAAUUAUUCUGCAGAUUAUUCAAAACUUUAAAAGCAUAUAUUCAAAUAAUUUCCAAAGCUAUUGUAAACUAUGAACUUUUAUUUUGGAAACACUUAUGCACUGUGUUGUCUUAAC